UUUGACAGGACAAAAAUAAAUAAAAGAUUAGGUUAUGUUUGAAGACAUGUGCUCUAGGAUUAUUUCAUAAUAAAAUUGUACUAAUUACUGACUUAUAAUCUGAUUUGAAUGCUUUUUGAAUGAAACAAUUCAUUCUCCGAUGAUAUCUGCUGAAAUUGAAGAAUCGCUUUAGCCGAAAAGCCCAAAAAUGUUGGGACAAUUGAGUGGUUUGGAAUUGAAUCCACUUCUAUCAGCCAUCAAAUUGACUUCAAAUGAUAAAAUAAUAUGUGUACGAGAAGUUGGACUGGCAGAUUCGAACUUCAUCAUCACAUAUCUGAUGAAAAAGAUUUUUCAGACACAUGACAAACUAAUUUUUGUAAACUUUCACAACACCCUAGAUCAUUAUCAACUUGUUGGUAAAAAACUAGGUUUUGACCUUUUGAACAAAGUUCAAGUUGGAGAUGCUGUCAUAGUCGAUAUGCUCAAGAAUGUUGAGGAAGAAAUUUCGAAUGAGGACUCCAAAUUCUUCGAGAAUUCUGAAGAAUUUGUUGAAAAAUUGUUCUGUAGGAUUGAACUGAAAGCAGAUGAAAUAAUUAGUACUAACGAUAAUCAAACUUUUCUCAUAAUUGAUGACUUGACUCACUUGCUAGACAUUGGAGUUAAUAUUGAAUGUGUAGUAAAGUUUAUUACACGGUGCUGCAAUCUCAAAAGCAAUUCUGUAUCAGUUGUAAUAAACAACCAUGUUUCACCAUAUGAAUCAAAUGAUGAAAUCUUACCUGAAGAUAAUAUAAUAGCAAACUCUUUGAGCUACAUCUCAGACUUGGAGAUUGAAGUUGCUCCUCUACAAACUGGACAUAGUAAAGAUGUCAGUGGUGUAAUUAAUAUCACUAGACCUGGGGAAGUUAUCACUAAACUUCAUUAUAAAGCUUAUGACAGGGGAAUUAAAACAUUUAAACCUGGAGAAUCACUCAUGAACCUGUUGAAAUGAAUAUUGUUAUAUUUUUAAUAACCUAUGUUUACUGCCAAAAUAUAUUUUUAGUUUUA